AUGCCAAGUCAGUUGGUUCGUUCUGCGAAGAACAUGGUGAAGGGUUACUCCAGCACGCAGGUGAUGGUGCGGGAUGCUACGGCGAAUGAUUCUACGUCUCCGAGCGUCGGGGUGUUGGAGGACCUUGCGGACAAGACGUAUGACACUGUUGAGUUCUUUGAGAUCAUGGACAUGCUGGACAAGCGGUUGAACGACAAGGGUAAGUACUGGAGGCACGUUGCGAAGUCGCUGACGGUGCUGGACUACCUGGUGCGGUUUGGGUCGGAGAACUGUGUGCUGUGGUGCAAGGAGAACCUGUACAUCAUCAAGACGCUGAGGGAGUUCAGACAUGAGGACGAAGUGAGCGGUUCCGACGAGGGCCAGAUCAUCAGAGUGAAGGCCAAGGAGCUGACCUCCUUGCUGACCGAUGACGAGAGACUCAGGGAGGAGCGGGCUUUGAAUAGGGCCAACAGACGUAACGGCGAUGCCAAGCGGAGAAGACGCAGAUCACGCUCUAGAUCCACCUCUUACCGUAACGCCUACGACGAUGACUUGCAGAAGGCUCUGGAGGAGUCUCGGAUGACCGCGGAGGAAGAAGAGGCCCGCAGAAGAGAGCAAGCCCAGUACGAGAACCAGGACCCCGAUCUCUUGGCAGCUUUGCAACUGAGCAAAGAGGAAGAGGAAUUGAAAAAAUUGCAGGACAUGCAGAGAAUGCAAGAGUUGCAGGCACAGCAGCAACAGCAAAAUGUGUAUUACGACAUCUUUGGCAACCCUAUAUCUCCAGAAGAGUAUUAUCAAUACCAGGAACAACAGGCUGCAUUAUUGGCCCAACAACAACAAGCUGUGCUACUGGCCCAACAACAGCAACAAGCAGCAUUAUUGCAACAGCAGCAACAACAGCUUUACUACGAUCAAAUGCAACAGUUACAAUUGCAACAACCAACUUUGGCUACUGGGUCUAACAAUCCAUUUUCCAGAGAUAACAUAAGCAACAAUAAUAACACCAGUGCAAAUAACGCACUGUUGCCAGAUUUACAACCAAAGCCUGCUCCUUCACCACAACCACAACAGCAGCAACCUCAGCAGCAACCAUUACAGAAAACUAGGACAGGCAACCAAUCCAUCUCAGAUAAGUAUAGCGAAUUGAACAACUUACUAGCAUCCGGUACAGGUAUAGAUACUUUUGGUAACACAGGUGAGGCUCGUAUUCCAGCGCAACACACUAAAACAGGCACUUUCAUCAAUUCUCAAGGUACUGGUUAUAAGCAAGUUACCAAUGAACCUAAGAAUAAUCCAUUCUUAUCUAGUCAAUACACUGGUCUACCCAGCACCAAUAUUGUACCAUCACAUACUGGUUAUGGAUUCGGUAAUCAGCAACAGCAGCAACAACAGCAGCAACAACAACAACAGCAGCAGCAGCAGCAGCCACAACAGAAUUACAAUUAUAAUCAACAACAAAACUACCAGUAUCAGCAGCAACCACAACAAUAUCAACAGCAACAACAGCAACAAUUUGCUACACCAGAUCAAGGUGUCAGUUUGAUAGACUUGUAG